AUGCAGGGCCUGUGGUACAUGGACCACCUCGAAUUCGCUACCGCGCUCGAAUAUGUCUCGCAUCCGUCUCUCGGUCCCGACUUUUCCGACGACAUCAUCAUCGCCCUUGUUCAGCACGCGCCCGAUGACGACUACACACUCCCUCUCGCAUACUUUACGUCGGUGCAACCGGUUCUCAAAUCAUCAAUCGCCGUAAAACUCAUCUUUGACGCCAUGUCAAGGACAAACGUUACCGAGGCGCUGUUGUACUCGCGCACAUUCCCAGAUCAUGCGCGCGAGCAGCUUUUCCAGAGGCUGAUUACGUCAGUGGUGGAUGCAAACAAGGACGAUGAGAUUACAAGGCAGGCCAGCGAGCUCGUUUUUCUCCCGUUUGAUGCCACCGAAGAUGCCUGGUUCGAAGACUUCCUUUCCAACGGAGAAGGACGUACUUUAAAACGAGCCAAAGAUAUGCUUCUUGUGCGCCGGAUUGCGUGUGACAGGUUCGAGGAGCUGACCAAAUACAAAGCCAACAACGAGUGGGCGGCUGUGCUGGAGGGCAUUAAAAGCGGCGUAGAAGGUCAUCUGGAGUAG